AACCAGUCAGGAUGCUCUCGAUGGUGCAGCUGUAGAACCAAACAUGUAUCCAUAGAUAAGAGUGUCAUGGCGAUAUUUCACAAAUCCCUUCUCUUGGCUUUGAAACAGAAAUGUGUGGGUAAAGUUGGGCACAGACACAUAAAUACUGGGUAACAUCAGAGUGAAAUCUAUUUUCUCCCUCCCUAUUUCCUCUAGUUGCAAUUGAGGAUUGAAGGACGUAAAGAGGAGACUAUAGUCAAACUUCAAAUGAUAAAGACCUAGAGAAUGCAAUAGAUGUUUGCUAACAAUCUUGUCAAUCUUGUAAUUUGUUCAUCUUGACAGAUUUUUACAUUCCUUUACAGAUCCAAAAUGUACACGCACACAAUGAUUCUACUGGGUUUUGUGUGGUUUAGUCCGCCACUUCUUGUGAUCCUUGCCUCACCAACCCCUGCUUCGAAUGAUAAGAGAGGCCCCUGUCAAGUCUACAACUCUGGUCGCUCUGCAAACUGCCUUGGUCAGCGACUGGAUCAUGUUCCAUGGAUGCACCUCCCUUCCACGCUUGAAAGGAUAGAUCUCUCCUACAAUGAACUUCAUGCCAUUCGUGUUAAUUACUUUUCUCGCCUACCUCAUCUUCGUGUCCUCGAGCUGCAGUUCAACAACAUCUCUGUGAUUGAGGACCGUGCCUUCCACAACAACCCCCUCCUGGAGCAUCUUAACAUCUUUAACAACUCCCUAGAGGAAAUCCCUGCCAACGCCUUGCRGGACCUCUUUAAUCUAAGGGAACUCCUUAUGUCGAAUAACCUUUACACCCAGGCCACAUUGUCAGCUGACGUUUUCUCCAGAUUGACCCACCUCAAGGCCCUGUCCAUGGGCGGCCCCUUGGUCAAGGGUCUAAGGAAAGGGGACUUCCAGGCAUUGAGGAACAUUCAGUURCAGGACUUUGCYAUUAAAACUUCAUCAAAUAUCAGUUACUAUGAACCGGGUAGUCUGAAGGURAUCCAGACAGGUAGAAUGGGUUUUGACAUGGCCAUAGAUCAGAAGCCGAAUUUCCUACCUUUGAUUCUACGAGACWUGGCCAACAAGACUUUCAGUCUCAUCCAAUUCAGGAACCUCUUUGAGUUCAUGUAUUACWUGGGAGAUGAGGAUAUUUUCAGAGGCUUGCAAGACAUCAAAGUAGAUUCGCUCAUCUUUCACCGUGGAAAAUUCAAUGAGAACCUUAUGAGGAUGGCUCUGUUUAAUCUACAGGUCACCCCCCUUAAACGUCUGACACUUCAAUACAUUGACUUUGCUCGCUCGCCCAACUUUGUGGAUAAUGGCUUGGGCUCCAGUAUCAAAGACCUUGCUCUGAGUAGACUAAAUCUGUGGCACAUCAGCAAUCCAGAUAUUUUGCGAUUCGACUGGCGCUUCACAUGGUUCAACAAAGUCCGACUGCUGUCCAUUCAGAAUGUCAACUUCAAAUCUGUGCCUUGCGAUGCCUGGCUUAAUAUGGAAGGCAUGGAGGUUUUGGACAUAUCAAACAACCGCCUGCAGGACAACAUCCUCUUCAACCAGAGAUGUGACUACAGGGGCAACAUGCCGGCUCUUCGUUCCUUCAAUGUCAGCACCAACCAACUGACCAGCCUUCAGGACUUAGCCUCCCUGACCAGGGAGUUCAAACAGUUGAAGGUCMUGGAUGUYAGCCACAACAUGCUGGGCUCUGCUGAGAAGAGUCRCAACUGUAACUGGAUGCAGAACAUCACCCAKGUGAUCGCUCACCACAACMGAUUYGAAAGUGGUGCCCUCCAGUGUCUGCCCACCACAGUACAAUUCCUGGACCUCUCGUACUGUGACCUGGACCAGCUGGACAUGGCCUACUUCCAACAAACCAUCAGCCUCAAGGAGCUCCUGCUCAAUGGGAACAAGAUCAAGUUCAUCCCCUCUGGGUGGAGAAGUYRCUCCUUGCAGUCACUGGCUCUGGAUGGGAACUCCUUUGGGCUCAUCAGCAUGGGCUCCUUCCAGGACAUGCCCCAGCUKUCUCGACUGACRGCRGGGAACAACCCAUUYCACUGCACCUGCGACCUCCAYGCCUUCAUCCAGGACACAAUUUCCAAGGGGAAGGUCAACAUCACUGACUGGCCAGAGAACUACAAGUGUUACCAUCCAGAGGCCCUGCUCAAUACCGCUGUGGCAAAUUUCUUCCCGGGUCACGUGGUCUGCGAUAUCAGACUGGUCAUCAUCAUCUGUGUUGCUACUACUGCUGCUGUGGUUUUAGUGUUGAUGCUUAUAUGCUACAUAUUCAAUGUUCCCUGGUACAYCAAAGCCACAUAUCAGAUCCUCAGAGCCAAAUACAGGGCUCAUCAGGAAGGARCAUCUGGAAAAUCACAGAUCUAUGYUUACCAUGCAUUCAUCUCCUACAGCCACCCAGAUGCAGACUGGGUCAGGGACCAGUUGUUGCCCUGCUUGGAGAACAGCAAGCCCCCCUACCGACUCUGUAUCCAUGAGAGAGACUUCAUGCCAGGAAAAUGGAUCAUCGACAACAUCAUUGAAAAUAUGGAGAGCAGCGAAAAGGUCAUAUUUGUGUUGUCACACCACUUUGUGAACAGCGAUUGGUGCAACUACGAGCUCUACUUUGCUCAGCAAAGAGCCAUCGGCAAGACCUUCAGCGAUGUUAUUCUGGUGGUUAAAGAGCCCAUCGACCCUGAAUCUCUGCCCAGCAAGUAUUGUAAGCUCAAGAAGAUGCUGAACACCAAAACGUACCUAGAGUGGCCCCAGCAAGMCAAGCAGCAGACCUUCUUCUGGGCUCAACUUAGGAGCUGCCUGGGCAAGCCCACAGYGACUAGAGAGCAGGCUCUUAGUGGUAGGAGCAGCAGUGUAUCCUCAGUGGGCGCUGUGCCUGUGAUAGAGCUUCCUCUAGAGGAUGGGAAGCCAGCGAUAGCUAUGCCAAAUUUAGACAGAGAAGCAGAGCUCCACAAAGUAGUUCCUCAGGAGAUGGAAAAUAUUUCAGUGAGAAGUGCAGAGUUUUAUGGGCAAAGACCAAUCCCUGUAGCCGUGGCAUCAGACAAAAUAAGCCAAGCAUGUCGCUUGUAAUGUGUAUAGUGUCCCAAGACCAAUCUCUCUCUGAAGUGCUGAGCUUGAGUGACUUCUUGGCCAUGCUGUGGCAGAUAAUGCGUUUUCCAAGCUGCUGGUAGCAUUAGCAAGUGUUUCAUAAUGAUGACAGUGAAUAACAUCAUCCGUCUGCCACCCACCCUUCUGACAUGUACAGUGCUUACUCCCCCUUGAACUCUUUACAUUUUGUUGCGAUACAAAGUAGGAUUUAAAUAUAUUUAAUUGUAAUUUUAUUGUCAUUGAUCUACACAAAAUACUCCAUAAUGUCAAAG